AUGGAUCGUCAUUAUGCUGAAAUCGGUGGUAAGCCUAUAAAUCUGGACAAGGAGGAAACGGAGCUAAGUGACGAGGAGAGUGCGCGUCGUGUCUUCCGUGCCGCUGUUCGAGAAUCGUUCGUUCGCACCAUUGCUGUCAUAGCAUCGCUGGUAAUGGUGCGGCAAAUUGCACAGAUUGUGGGCAAUGAAUUGAAAUAUGGCGAUGUGCUGUCGUCGUUGCGAUUGGUUGGCAUUGAAGAGGGCCCGCCGGGCCUGUUCUCUGGUCUGAUCCCGCAGCUGAUUGCCGAGUACAUCUCGAUAUGGGGUAUACAUCUGGUACUGUAUGGCAUUGAACGCUUCGCCCGUACUCAGAACAAAGAGGAAGAAAAUGUGGUGGCCUCGUCGCGUAAAGUGCUGCAUUUGCUUGCACCAGUAUUCGUGAACAGCUUUGCUUACCCAUUCCAAGUGGUGUCCACGGUGAUGGCUGUUACUGGUUCCGGUCCUCCGUUCGCAAUUUGGCAAGAUGCAUACAACUAUCUGCUGCCAUUUGGUGGCCUGAAAAGAGGAUCGCGAGUAUUUUGGCGUGAACAUACCGGACCUAUCAGCGUCAGUCCAACUCACGAAAUUUACGCCGCCAACAAACAUUUUGUGUGA